AUGUUCGUCUCGCGCAUCUUCGCCGUCGUUCUCUUCGUCGCCAUCUCCUGGUUUGCCCUCGCUUCCCUCCGUCGUCACCUCGACCCCAACACCCACCCCAGCGAGGAGGAUCGCGAGAAUCUCGCCUGGAUUGCCUCAUCUCCCUACCUGCUAGACCGUCUGGCCUGCCGCACGUUCGGCCUCUGCGGUCUUGCCCAUUACCGUCCCGAUCCCGCCUGGCAGCAGCGGAGACGGCGGCACCACCGGCACCAGGAGCUCCUCGCUGACAUCGAGGCCGACACGAAGCAUGCUGGCUGGGAAGAGGCGCCGGUGGGUGAGAAACUGAGGCCGGAGCAUUUCGACGGCGACAAGAGGGUGCUGAAGGAUGUCCCGCAGUACGUCCUCGACCACGCCCCGCUGAUCCAUCUCUACUCCGGCGAGCAGUUCUGGCCGUCGGAUUUUGCCGAGCACCUCACCCAUACCACGCCGUACCUGAACCAUACCGCCAUCAACACGUCCGCCUACGACCUGUACAAUCUCGACCAGCUCAACGAUGCGGCGCCGAGGGGGCGAAAUAUCUUCUUGAGGAGCGUCGAUGAUAUCGAGGACCGCCCUGACUGGCUCGGGAGCGCUUAUAACAAGCCCAUCCCCUACGAAGACGAAGACGAGGAGGAGUCCGAGGAGGUUGAGACGCAUACCGAUUUCGUCGACACCACCGAUGAUGCAGACAAGGAGGUGUGGUUCGACCCAUUCGGACCCAAGAGCGCCUCCCCUCUCCCCCCGACCUUCCGUGCGCAGCCACAACCGAAGCAUCAUCGCUCUCUCAUCAAGCGCUCCAACGGCAACCCUGCCAACAAACCCGAUCAAUCUGGGCGAUCUCCCGCUCCCGCCGUCCUCAUCCUUGUUGAUAAAGGAAAUGGCAUCCUGGACGCCUUCUGGUUCUACUUCUACUCCUACAACCUCGGGACGACGGUGUUAAACAUCCGUUUCGGCAAUCACGUCGGCGACUGGGAACACUCCCUAAUCCGCUUCCACCACGGAGUCCCCAAGGCCGUCUUUUUCUCGGCCCAUUCGGGCGGCACCGCCUAUUCUUACAAGGCCGUGGAGAAAGGUAAAGGGAAGGGGAGGGAGGGCCGACCCGUGCUGUAUUCCGCCCUGGGUAGCCACGCGAUGUAUGCCAUGCCCGGCCUCCAGCCAUACGUCCUCCCCUUUGGGCUCCUCGCCGACGUUACCGACAAAGGGCCGCUCUGGGACCCGGCCCUGAACUUCCUCGCCUACCAUUUCAACACCACCAUCACCCACAACGCCGAUGCGAAAUCCAUGCCCCCGGAGCCCCCGUCUCCCGAAUCCCCCCACACCUCCAAGGUGCACAGGAGGACCGACAUGCUCCAGCCGGCUAGCUGCAACCCCGACGCGCCGAUGGGCUGGUUCUGGUUCAAAGGGCACUGGGGCGACAAGUUCUACCAGCUGGCGGAUGAGCGCCAGUGGCGCUUCGCCGGGCAGUACCACUACGUUAAUGGGCCGCUCGGUCCGCGCUUCAAGAACCUCGGCCGGUCACGUGUCUGCCAGUCGGGCUCGAAAUGCCGCAUGCUGGAUUCAAUCGAGGAGGGCAAGAAAUCGAGCUGGGUGGGCCGGCGGUCUCUCCCCGACGAGCCGGAGGACCUUGACGUAGAGGUGGAUUCAUAG